AUGUGGGCGUGGCGUCAUCACCAGCGGCCAAUCAGCGGCGUUGUAGUUGAUGAGCUGCUGCCGGCUGGUGUCCCCUUGUUGCGGCCUGUUCUGUGUGACCCGGCUGCUGUCCCUGGGAUAGUUGCUGUCAGGCGGACCGUGUGACAUGGGAGGCGGCGGCAGCAGCACCAGAAGAGUCUCCUUUGAGGCGGACGAGAACGAUAACAUCACGGUGGUGAAAGGAAUCCGGCUGUCUGAUAAUGUUAUCAACCGUAUGAGAGAACCGACUUCUCCUUCUACCAGACCACCACCACCUGUACAGCCAAAGCUUCCUACUGAACAGCCCAUUUCUAGUAGUUAUGCAGUCAAUGAAGAAGAACUUCGGAGAAAGAUUGCAGAGGAACUGGCUUUUGAACAAGCAAGAAGAGAAUCUGAGAAUCAAAAAAGAUUAGAACAUGGUAAACUGUUGAUGCAGGAGGAAUUAGGAAAAACUCUGGAGAGGGAACGAACAGCCUCUACUGAACAGCUUACAAGGGCCGUACUGCGAGAGAAAGCUGCCUCUGAGGAAGAACGGCUGAAAGCAAGAAGCUUUGAAUUAAAGGAUCAAGCUAAGAAACUGGAAGAAAAGGAACGUGAACUCAAAAGGCAGGAUGAAUAUUAUAAGGAGCAGCUGGCCAGACUUGAAGAAAGAAGUGCUCAGUUUUAUAAAGUUACUACUGAACAAUACCAGUCAGCUGCAAACACUGUGGAAGCAAGAUUCAAGAGGUACGAGUCACACCCAAUAUGUGCUGACCUGCAGACUCAAAUUCUUCAGUGCUAUCAGCAGAACCCUAAACAGACCUUGAGCUGCUCUGCUCUGGCAAGCAAAUACCUAGAGUGCGUUAACAGCGCCAAACAGAACAUGCUUGGAAGAGGUGGGUAGAAUCUUCGCCCGACAUACUACGCCAGCUGCAAUAUCCUGGAGAGCAAUGGAAUACUGUUUAAUAUAAAGAGAAAACAGACAAUUAAUAAACAACUCUACAGUAGAAGAAUCCACAGAAGAGUCAGCUGCCAGUUACUAUAAAAUUACACUUUUAUAAAGUUUAAAAACAGUAGAUAAUCUCUGUUUAAGGGAUACUACUAUGUUUUUUUUUCUGUCCAAUAUACUUGUCCAAUGUUUCUGACAGUUUUUCCUUUGCACUCGCCAUUUAUAAAAUGCAUCCUUAAAUUGACAUUGAUUCACCUAUAAAUUGUAUGUCUCUUGCCUCUUUUAUUUAAUAAAUUGCAGCUAUAUUAUCAUGA